CACGGUGCGGUAGGUCAAAAAGAAGGGGUCCAAGUGCUACACAACUUCGCUCCAUCCCCCUAAAAAAAAAAGCUUGAACCCUUCCCUCGCGAGAGCUUGCGAGCGCGCCGCGAUGGUAAACAAAGUUCUUUAUCCCUGGUAAUAAUCGAAUUAAAAAAAAGUCCGAGCUGCCAGCGUUGCGUAAACAGCAGCAGCAGCAGCAGCAGCAAGAGCCGUGAAAUUUCGGCGAAAGCUCGCAAAAUCCGGGAGACGGGGCGGCAGAGCAGCAGACUUGGUGGGGAGGCCGCCUAGGCCGGGAGAGCUUUCACCACUGGUGGGGGUCGCACUGCUGCUGCUGCUGCUGCUGCUGCUCGUGCAGCUUUGACAGACGCAUUCUGCCGGCAAUGUGCGCGCGGAACAUGGCUGCAGUGCGUGGCCGCGAUAAGCUCUGACACAGGUGCACACCUAGACACCUAGACAGACAGAGGGACGCACGGGGAGGGAAGCUUCGAUCUCCGAGCUUGAUAAGGAGCUGACUGUAAGAGCUUGCGAGAGAGGGGGCGAUCGGAAUGGACUCAUCGUCGCGCAGCGAGUGAGAAGCUGAGCACGAGACGAAAAGCUCAGAUCAGAGGGACAUGGCAGUGGACAUCCUGGACGUGGAUCACCUCGCGGUGAGCGCGAUCGUUACCGUCGGCAUGCAGCUGAUAUUCUUCACGAUCGCGGCCACCUUUCAGAUGGACAAACUCACGGAUUUCGCGGGAGGCGUGAAUUUCAUUAUCCUCGCCCUCCUCACCUUCUUUCUCGGACAGGUCGGUAAGACCUAUGACAGUCGUCAGCUUAUGGUGACUAUUUUUGUUUGUCUCUGGGGAGCUCGUCUCUCCUGUUACCUACUUUAUCGCAUUGUCAAAAUUGGAAGGGACAAGCGAUUCGACGACCGACGAAGCAAUGUCAUACGCUUCGCCGUCUUUUGGACUUUCCAGGCAGUGUGGGUGUACGUGGUCAGUUUGCCGGUGAUAAUCAUCAACUCCCCGAGGCACAAGAUACCACCGGCGCCCAAGACCAUGACGACUCUGGACAGCGCUGGUACCGGCCUCUUCGUCGUCGGCCUCUUGGCCGAGACCUACGCCGAUCUGCAGAAGUUUGCCUUUAGGCAGGAUCCCAUCAACGACGGCAAGUGGUGCAACGACGGCCUGUGGAGGCUCUCCAGACACCCGAACUACUUCGGCGAGAUCGUCGUCUGGUGGGGCAUCUUCGUCAUCUCGCUGAACGUCAUCGAGGGCAUCGAGUGGAUCGUCAUCGUUUCGCCGAUCUUCACCACGAUCAUCAUACUCUUCCUCUCGGGGAUGCCGCUGCUGGAGAAGGCCGCCGAUGAGAGAUACCGAGACAACGCCGACUACCGCUAUUACAAGCAGUCGACGUCGCCGCUGAUACCGAUCCCGCCGGCGAUCUACUCGGAGGUGCCCUGGUUCCUCAAGUUCAUCCUCUGCUGCGAGUUCCCGCUCUACGACUCUCUGGACGUGAAGCCUCGGGCAGCCGUCACCGAGUCAACAUCGAUAAGCCUCGCCGCGUCCACGUAGCUAUAAGCGUGCGUCGGCUUCCAUCGCCUACCGGCGGAAAUCGGCGCACGUAAAACCCCGAGUGCAGCUCUCAAGGUCGACUGAUCGACCUGCAACCAGUUCUAUAUUGUCCCUUUUCUUCCUUUGUCCUCUAGUCUCGCCGCUGUCUUGCCCAACCGCAGUUGGAUAUUGCGUGCUUAAGGCUGAUCGGUAUAGGUUGGAAAAUCGAUCGGUAAGCCUGCAAUGCCGGCUUCGUGCCUACUGUCGCGGCGAGACACGGGAUAAUAUAAUGUGGCGCGAUGUAACGUCUUUUCUACUGCUCAUUUUUUCUCUCGUCAUCUCUAUACAUACGAUAUUAUACUUAUUAUUGUACUCUUUUAUUCUGAUCCAGAUAACAUUGCGUGCAUAUCGGAUACGUCCGAUCGUGAAACUACAUUCUCUUCGUCUACGGCGCAAUAAGUAUAUAUUGUACGAAAAUAUACUGAGAGAAAUUCAAUACAACUUUGACCUACCGCAUCUUUGUGACACACGCGUCAAUUACAGGAUUAUCAAUUAAUUUUUCUCGACAUAGUCCCUCGCGAGCACAGAAAUCGUCGCGAGCGAAUGUUAUCUGGGAAAGUAUUGCGGUAGUCUUUAACUGUUCUUCGGUCAACCGAUGCGACCAUGACUAAAACUCACCGAAUCGGUUGAUCAUUAUAUAUCUCGUGACGGAUAUGCAAUAUAUACUAUACAUGCUAACUAUCGAUGCACAUUAAUUUUAAAGCUUGUUCUCUUCGACGAUAUUUUUGUAAUUUCGUACCUACUAUGUUGUUGCGUUCAAUUAUUGUACUCUCGAAGCGUUACAUUACACAGCGUCAAUUACUUCUAAAUCUAUCUAAUUCUUCCUCAUACGGUACUUAAUUUUAAUGAUCGAUGAUUUUAAUUUUCUUCGUUAUGUAAAUAAUUGUAAAAAAAAGAAUUUGUUGAUAUUUCUGAGUUUGUGAAAAUUCUAACGACACGUUCCACACUCGAGUAAGUUCUAAGCACGAUGCACAAAAAGAAACGUUGUUUUCCAAAGUAUAUCACGCAGAGUUGAAAGCACAUUUUCCUGCAGUGUAUUUUACAUUAUGUACGCAUUAUGAAAGUGCCACACAUUGUGUAACUUCUUCGACGAGCUGAAUUAAUAGUUCAGGAGUCGAUCGCCGGUGUUGGGCAAGAAGAAGACAGAAAAACGCGGGAAUGAAACUGGAAAAAUAUUUUUACGAAAACUCAUACGAGGAGACGGCUUUGCUCGUGUACCAGACUAUAUAUUGUUCUUGUAAACCUUACGUAUAGGGAACAACGAUUUUUUAACCUCGACAGUUUUACUCCGUUUUAUGGUAAAACGUCUGUAUUUAGUGUGUAACGUUAGAUGCCAAAAUGAAACUGCCUAUAUCCACUGUUAUUACAUUGUACUCACACAAUGAUUUUAAAGAAAAAAAAAACAACAAACUUCCUCUUUUAAGCUCUUACUGCAGUAACGAACUAUAAUUAUAACUAAACGUAGCGGGAUUGGAAGACAGCUUAUAUAUUAUCGAGAUUCACAUAGUUUCUUCAUUCAUUCAGUCGAAUUAUCGAACUGAUGAAAGAGCUGUGUAAUCCGAAUACUUCAUACCCUCUUCCACCAAACUCAACAAAAUCGACGCGUCUCCAGAAUAGCGAUAUACUAUACAGCGAGAAGCAAAUAUCCUUCGUAACAUUGAGUAAAAAUAUUUUUGCCAGCCCAUCGCGGAUCGGAACGUCAUUAUAAGCCAAAACCGAUCCACGACCUGCAUAUUUCUGCGCUUCGAAAUUAUAACAGAGAGCAGGAUGUGAUCGUACCGAGCCAGAGACUUAGGGUAUAGAAUCUAUCGCGCCUGCUGACCCCUUUCGGCACACAUACACCCACGCACGAAGUCAUGUACGUCGAUAUACCUUGUAGGAUGUACAGGAUAACGCGUAGGCCCUACUCGAAUCGUAGGACGAUCGAGACUCAAGUAUACUUUAAUUAUAAACCUACUAUACCGAUUAUCUCGUUUAUCGCUUCCAGACAAUUAAUUAUAUCGUGUGUAAUACCCGGUAUCGUGUAUUAUGAUUAGCGACAAGCUUCCUAGUGCCAACUAUCCGUAACAAGCAAUUUAAUGCUACUACUCCUAAAUAUAGCGUCCAAGCGAGGACGAGAGCUGACUUUUUUUCUAUAAGGUUGCGAUGAUUGCAGGCAAAAAAGUUCGUUAAACUAUUGUACUAUGUAUAUAGUGUGUAACGAUAUGCCCAAAGUAAAAUUUUCAUCCUCUACUGUGUUGUAACGAACAAACAAACCCAUCAGGCGCCUUUUCACUCUCGACAUGUAAAUAAGCCCCUGUAGUGUGCGAUGAUUGAAGAAAAGCCAGCGUUUUACGAGCGUACGCUAAUGACUAAAAAACACGAGUUCGCUGUAUGUGUGUGUGUGUGUGUGUGUAUAUAUCUUCGAGUCGAAGAGAGAAUAUAGGGGAGAAAGGAGAAUUUGACGAUGUACCUGGUAUAUACGUUAUACUCGUAAUAUGAGUAUACAAUUAUACGUUGCAAUGUGUACGAUGAUUAGCGCAGAAAAGUUUUGCCGAUAAUACACGCGACGCUCGUGCCCUUGGAUCACUGUGAAAGGUGAAUUUCAGUCUGUGAUAGGCACUUUCUUCAUCCUUUGAAUUAUGACUCAAAUGAACCAACCCUUGAUUGAUCAACGAUUAUAUCUCCUCGCACACCAUCGAUUAUUUCACAAUGUUAUAUAUUUUCAAUAACGAACGAAAAAUACUGCGCGUACCUGCACAUUCACCUUUCAAAAUGAGCAGAGAGCACAUCCGAAUGAAACUUUUGAUUCAUCGUAGAUAAGCCAUUGAUACUUAUAAACUACUAUAAUAAUAAUAAUAAUAAUAAUAUCUCGAGAGCUCAUCGAAAUUUCUUCGGAUCAUCACAUGUCCGCAAUAUCCGAAGGUUUCGCUGUGGCUCGAAAUAAACUUCGUCCAUAAACGCAUAAAAAGCUUAUAACUAUUAUUCCUUUUUCUGUCCGCGAUCGAUGGACGCAACUUAUUGUAACAUUAGCGAAAAAUAUGGGAAAGAAAGUAGGAGGUGAUUUUUGAAUAUUAGGAACCUCCGCAUAAGCGAUAUUUACAAACUCGAGUAUUAGUACGUAACGUAUAUGAAUCGACGUUUCGUCGAUUUAUAAUGUACACAUUCUUGCGGCACACAGUCGGAUGGGACAAGGGAAAAAAAGUUUAAUCAGUGGCCUUCAUGAGAACGUUGUUUCUAACGAGGAAAAUACCUCAGUCGAGAGAUUGGACGAUAGAUUAUCGAGUUUAAGGUAUUGUAUAGCCGUUAAACUUUUGAAAACCUGGCUAAAAAUAAUCAUGUGUGAGUCUUAUGCUAAUCAUGUGGCAGUCAUAUGAGAAUCAUAUGAGAAUCAUAUGAUUCUCAUAUGGUUAUUUUCAGCCGGGAAUUCCUUCGAUUUAUUUAUACUUUAUCAUACGAGUCUCAUUGAACGAUUCAUUUAUAGACAGUAACAUAUUGAACUAUUUAUUAAAAAAUCAGUAUUAUAUAACCGAUAUAUUCAUUCCUAUGAAGAACAACUUCCACUGCAUGCAAUGCGCUGAAAAUUGAGAUAUUUUCAAAAUUUCGACGUCGCAUUUAGUCGAUAAUGUUAUAUUGCCAUAAUACUUCUUACAAUAUACAGUAUAAAAAUCACGAGUCGAAUCAAAUGUAAUACCUUACGAUACUAUCGAGCUAAAAACGCAUGUAAUCAAUAGUGCGUAAUGUACCAGUGUAGACCAGAACAGAGAGAAAACCUUUCGAGCUUCGGCCUUGGUAAAUAAAAACCUAGUUUGUAAACGUGUAAGAGAAAAUUUCGAAGUAAAAUUUUGAAAAACCAAAAAAAAAAUGUCUCUAAAUAGGCUAUUUCUUAUAGACGAUAAAAGUACGUGUUUAUCACGUCAAACUUGACACAAUAGGAAGGCUACUAGUGGAAAAAGCUCGUUACAUUUUUUUUCUCAUUUUUUCUCGCCUGUAACAACGGAGAUCAAAUUAUGUAACGUAAAAUCGCGCAAAUGAGUCGUCGACAGAUAUAGCCUAUAUAUAUAUACACGAUAUAACUCGGUACCGAGCUGCUGUUAUAUUUUUUUUCCUCCAUUUAUGGCAGUGGCUAAAAAUACCUAUUACACAUAUCUUUAUUAUAAGUAGCGAAUUUUACGACCUUAGGAUUUUGAACAACAAAAAAAUUGAAACUUAGACUUACGUAACGAUAUCAUCGUCCCUAUAGUUUAGCGACCAGUGCGGGUGAUUUUUGGAUCGACGAGUGUAUGACUUACCUCUACUCCUCCUCUGUGUAUACCUAUAUAUACACGUAACUGUUCUUGGGAGAAUCAAAAUUGAUCAACAUCUAUAUAUUGCUGUGUUUGUAUUAUCAAUCCUAUUUUUGUCACUUUCGAUAAUCCGAUUUUAACUUCAUAACAAUCGCAAUAAUAAAAGAGCAUCAAAUGUAAUCGUUUGUAAAAAGGUUGCAAGAAUAUUGUUAAUUCAAGUGCACAUAUUCAAGGUUUACAAAAUUGUUGCGACAGUUUGGAAUCAUAUUGAAGAUAAUAACAUUAAACCAUAUAUUCUUUUCUAUAAUGAAUCUAUGUAUUAUAAAUAUACGACUUCGUAGAUUUUAAACUAGAAAAUUUUACUAUGGCACUAACAAUCGAAAUUUACCAACUAAUACACGAAUAAAGUAGUUUCUUAACGAAACAAAACAACAACGCAGUAAUCUUUGACCUUAGUUCAAUCGCACGAAUUGCAACUGGGUGUAUAAUCAAUUAUUAUAAUAAUCUACGAUUUAAUUCUAGCAACCUAUAAUAUGUACUCCUUCGUUUCUCUCGUAAUAAACCAAGAAAAACUUCGCUUUUUACGAUGAGACAAAUUAUCAUGAAUUUUUUCAUCGAGAAAAAGCAUAACGCGUGGCGAAAAAUAUAACGACAUAAUACAAUCAUUUUUGAGAUAUUUUAGCGCUUUUAUUGAGCCUGAGCCGAUCAGAUAUUGGAAAGAUAUUCUUUGACGACGAUUAUUCGUGCAAUAUUUUUGUCACCCAAUAAUAACACGUACGUGUAUCAAGCAAAAUCGUAGGCUACUUUAGCGCACUUACAUUGUAUGCUCCAUAUUGCUGGGGUCCAUUUUAUAAAAGACUAAACCGAUCAAGAACAAAUUUAUGCACAUAACAAUUAUAUUUAUACGACGUUUGAAAGAUUAUUGUAUAUACUCGAAAGAACGUUAUGCAGGAUAAGACAAAACAAUUUGUACAUACACCAUUGUAAGAAAAAAAGUCACUCGUAGUAAUUGUAAUUAUUAUUAUUAUAUGAAUCACAUUAGAAAACGCUGAUAUGGAAAAAUGAAGUUUAUCCGUUCAGUUGGAAUCUUCUCGUUUACGGUGCUUAUUUAUUGUUAUCAUAUUGUAUACUGGUCAUGUGAACAGACAGCGUCCGAUCCAAAAAUUGCUUUGUUCAAGGAUAAUAGACCGACUUUAUGCCAAAAGAAGAAAAAAAAACAAGUCCAGAGGUGCAAGCGCGAGCGCUUACUUCGGGCGUGCAAUUUAAACUAUAAGUAACGAUGAAACGUUCAUUCCUCUGUAACUCAAACUGUAAGUAAACAAUAUACGUAUAUUAUCAAAGUUAAA